UCUAUAUUUAUCUUAUCCCUCUGGAAAUUUCUUAUUAUGUUUCCCUGAGAAGGAAUGUUACAAGAUUUCAUACAGCACAUAGUUUUCCUUCCUCUCCUUCUUUCCCUUGAAUUAAUGAGACCCCUAAACCUGUCAUUGCCUUUCUACUUCAACUAUUCAUAUUUUCUGGUAGUUUAAUUAUUUCAUGCAAAUUCUUCAGUGUUAAUAUUUGUUGUGUUAUUAUAUUGAUCGACUGGUGCUCUGGAGAUCUCUUAUUGAUUAACCAAGAACAUUCUUUGUCUCUGUAUCGUCGAGAAGAGCAAGAAGCAAGGAAGCUAGCUGCAGAUAACUAGCUCUUAAGAUAUGGAGAAAACUCAAUGGAUUGCAGGAGGAAAUAAGUGCCGUAAUCACCUCUGGUUUGUCCUAACAGCUUCCUUUCUUAUAUUCCUUGUUUUGACAUGUACAGACUAUUCAUCUUUAAACUCAGGACGCAAUUUCAAUCGGGUCACCUAUUUCAUCACCAACUUACAAAUUGUUACCCAAGACCAAGACCAAAACCACCACCCUCCCAACUCUCUUCCUCCUGCAGCUAGUACUGAUUUUCUAGCAUCCGAUCAGACCAGGACGACCAAUAAUUCUAGUAUUACUAUUACAUCUAAAAGCACGCCUGCUCCUUAUUCUGUUGGCCAAGGAAGACAACCAAAUAAUGUUAUCAGCUCCAAUAAAACUAAAAUGGCAACUUCUGUCAUUUACACUCCACCACCGCAGGCUAUACCUAAUACCAAGCACCAAAUUUCUGAUUCUGAUUCGUGUUCGGGCCGAUAUAUUUAUGUGUAUGAUCUUCCAAAGAGGUUCAACCAGGACUUACUCAAGAAUUGUCAUUCCCUUCAUAAAUGGACAGAUAUGUGUCCUUACAUGUCAAACAUGGGUUUAGGACCAAAACUAACAGACAAAUCUUCUAAGAGACGUGAUCGGCUUUUGGGGGGAAAAGGUUGGUUUGCAACGAAUCAGUUCUCAUUAGAAGUUAUUUUUCAUAAUAGGAUGAAGAAGUACAAGUGCUUAACCAAUGAUUCAUCACUGGCCUCGGCAAUAUUUGUCCCAUUUUAUGCUGGCCUUGAUGUUGGUCAGUACCUUUGGGACUACAACACUUCAAUCCGAGAUGCUUCUCCUCUAGAGUUGAUGAAAUGGCUUUCAAAUAGGCCUGAAUGGAAGACAAUGUGGGGUAAGGACCAUUUCUUAGUUGGAGGCAGAAUUGCAUGGGAUUUCAGGAGACAAACUGAGGAUGAUUCUGCUUGGGGAUCUAAGCUCAUGUUUCUGCCAGAGUCCAAGAACAUGACAUUGUUGUCGAUUGAAUCAAGCUUGUGGAGCAACGAGCAGGCGAUACCAUACCCUACAUACUUCCAUCCCUCAAAGGAGAGUCAGGUGUCUGAGUGGCAGAGAAGAAUGAGAAAGCUCAAGAGGCCAUACCUCUUCACAUUUGCUGGUGCUCCUAGACCUGAAUACAAAGAAAAUAUCCGGGAUAUGGUUAUAAGCCAAUGCCAAUCUUCAACCAAACACUGCAAACUUGUAGGGUGCUAUCAUGGUGCAAACAAGUGUGAUGAUCCUUUGAAUGUGAUGAAGGUGUUUCAAUCGUCGGUGUUCUGCCUGCAGCCUUCUGGGGACUCAUUCACUCGGCGAUCAAUAUUCGACUCCAUCUUGGCAGGCUGCAUUCCGGUUUUUUUCCAUCCGGGAUCAGCUUAUGUGCAGUACACAUGGCACUUCCUCAGCAGCCCGUCUAAGUAUUCAGUGUUUAUAUUUGAAAAUGAUAUCAAGGAGAAGAAGGUGAUGAUCAAUGAGACAUUGCUGAGAAUUCCCAAAGCUAAAGUAGAAGCAAUGAGGGAGGAAGUUAUAAGGAUGAUUCCGAGAAUAAUAUAUGCAGAUCCAAGGGCACCUGGAUUGGAGACACUUGAAGAUGCAUUUGACAUAGCAGUUAAGGGACUACUUGACAAAGUGAAGAAAACUAGGUGGGACAUGGAAGCGGGUCGAGAUCCUGGUAAUGCUUUCUCACAACUGAAGGGAACCAAAUUUGAUAUGCCAGGGACCAAGAGAAGGGAAUGACGAUCAAGUUGCUUCGAGGACAUAGAAAUGAAAAUUUUAUGUAAGUUUUUUUUCUAUAUUCGAUUAGUGUUGGGCUGUUUCUUAAAUGUGAAAUGUUUAUGGUGUGGAGGAUGUUAGAUUGUAAUAUGAUACAGAUACCGAAUCCAAUCAACCAGCAAAAAUCAUUUCAUAACAAUGUAAAAACAUG